AUGGCCAGCAUGACAAUUUUUUUAGAACAAUUGGACAAUUGGUUCUACCAGGGAAUAUCGGGAAAGGUCGCAACUGUCGUGCAAGAAGCUGCGAACCAGUUGUACGUCCAUUUUCACAGUUUUCAGAGUCAAUUUUACAAUUUUUCAGUAGAGACUGGAUGAAGGCGACGGAGAAACAACAGUACGAACCGGAAGUGCAUGUCGCAAACGAGGAAAAACCGGACGGACCGGACGAGCCGUCUGCGGAUCGAGCGGCGCCGCCCGUAGAAGACGAUGAGCUGUUUCUCAAGACGCUCGAGGACAGUUUUUACGUGGUAGAGCAGUCGGAUGACGAAUCGUCGGAACUGAGCGAUGAGAGGCCUUCAGAAGCCGAGAAGAGCGAGGAGCAAUUUGGGAGCGAUGCAACGAUGAGCGCGAUCAUGGUUCUGUCCGGUGGGCCGUCGUCGAGAAGAGGACAACGACAAUCCACGUCUCAGUCGAAGACGUCUUCUGACAACCAGGAAGGAACCGCACGAGAAGGAACGUCGCAGGAGUCCUCCUCUUCGGCCGGCCCCUCUGGCGGCGGCGGAGACGGAGGCGGAUCCGAUAGUGAAGGCGAAGUUCGUGCUACUCUGUCAGAAUUGUUGGUUCUAAAUAAUUGCUUUCAGGAUAACGGCGGAGGAUCGGGGGACAGUUCGGUCGACGAUGAAGGCGAUGCGGACGACGAAGAAACGGAGAAAGACGACGACGUGGAAGGAAUCGAGCAGCAGAUGGCCGGAAGAAUGAAGCUCCGAAGCAGUCGUUCAACAGAGUCGUACGAUCCGGAAGCGCUGCCCGUGGACAAUGAACAGCCCGGGUAAGCAGUGGCGAAACGUUUCUCGUUUUCAUUCACAUUUCAACCCGGCUCACGUACAAACUCGCUUUUUCUAGAGUUGUCCCACCCGUCGAAGAGGAAGGUCCGCCGAUCCCCGCCGAUCCAUUCCAAGAGGCGGCUCCGGAGAACGAGCCUGUGAUACACGAGGCACCGGCGGCUCAAGUUCAAGAAGUUCAGCCGCGUUUGGAAGGUGGAUUGCCGCCACAAAUUGUGCAGAUGCUGCAAUCGAUACAUGUGCCGCCGGCGGAUAGACCAGUUCAACUUCCUGCGGAUGGAUUGCGGAUUGUUUUUUUCAACGGCGAAUAUGUGCAACUGCCCGCUGCCGACCAAAUUUCGCCGGGGCGUUUAGGGCGCCGCAAUGCGAUUUCGCCGCGGUGGGUGUCGGUGAACGAGGGAGAAGGAUCUUCGGCAGAGCGACCGCCCGCAGAAGAUCAAGUUCAACAAGAUCAGCCGCGUUUGGAAGCUGGAUUGCCGCCACAAGUUGCGCAGAUGAUGCAAUCGGUAAAUGUGCCCAUGGCGGAUGCACCAGCUCAAGUUCCUGCGGAUCCAUUGCGGUUUGUUUUCUUCAACGGCGAAUAUGUGCAACUGCCUGCUGCCGCCCAAAUUUCGCCGGGCCCUUUCGGGCUCCGCAAUGAGGGAGAAGGAUCUUCGGCAGGGAGACUGGCCGGAGGCGCGGAAGAAGCACAGGAGAUGGCCGAAGAAGAUGUUCGCCCGGAAGAAGAAUCAGGACAGCCGGCGCGCCUGGGAUAUCGCAGAAAGCACUCGUCGGAUGAGAGUGGCCAAAGCAAGCGAGGAAGGACCAAGUAG